AUGGAUUUUUUAGAUCCUCAUGAAAAGGAUUCAAUAAGCAAAAAGUGUAACAGAGUACGUUCAUGGUAUUUAUACGAACAGUAUAAGUCAUUAGAAAGGAAUCAAAUAGAUGCCGCAUGUUUGCUAAAAAGCAAAUCCUAUCAGAAUAAUCUACUGCGUCAAGAACUAAAGGAGAGACGUGCACGCAGGAGAUUGUGUGAUAGCAACGAACUAUGUCGGAGCGAAUUUAGAACAAAUAAAGAUAAUAUACGAAGUAAUAUUAGUGUGAGCGAUGACAAUCUGUUCGACAGUGUCUGUGAACUACACGAAGAUGGUGAAAUAAAAGAUAUCUGUAGCUGCGACGGUUCGAAAACUAGCAAAUAUGAUGAUAAUGUAAAUAAAGAAGACUUAAGUUGCUCCGACAGCGUGUUGAGUGUGGUGGACAACCUUACAACCAAUUACCCUCAAGAUGUUAAAAAGGAAUUAGAAAUCGUUAAAAAGAAUAUCGCUCAAAAUAUUAACCUGCAACUGGAAACUGUGAAAGAAAAUGUAGAAUGUUUGGAAAAAUUCACGAAGUUAAACGACGAAGAUCUUUUGUCUCGAGGAAAUAGCGAAGUUGCGGAUUUUAAAGACGUAAAUAAAAAUGUAAAAGAGAAGUCGAAAAAUAGCAUAGAAUCUUUAUUGUCGAUUUGGUCUAAAUUGGUACUGUUUGCUUACAACACGUCGCAAACAAAUCACGGUAAUUAUUUCCAGUCUUACGUCUCUCCGAUAAAGUUCGCUAGCAGUGACUGCAACACUUUCCAUCCGACCUUGCCGACGAAAGCCUUAAAAUGCUAUAAUGAAAAUAAAAAAACUAAACAAAAGUCUCUCAAGACUCAUAAGAACUGCAGGUAUUGCUCCGAUGGUCCAAGUUUGAAAAGGAAUUAUAACAAAAAAUACAAUUCAGAAUAUAAAAGUCAUUCGAAACGUUCAUUCAGUAACACGAUUAAUGAACGCAAAUGUCGUGGAGCUAGUGAGCCGUGGCAGAGUUUUGACGUACACGAAACAAAAAUUGGCGGCAGUUAUAGAUUAAACACAGAUUCCUACAAGAGACUAUGUUAUUGUCAUGACUUGGAAAUUAUCGUGGAUCGUAUACAACAGGUUGCAAGAGACAUGGAAAUUUUAUUGGAAGAUGUGGACGAUACAUCCUCGAAACAUUACUUUUGA